AGUAGUCUGCACUGGAACUGCCUGCUGCAGUGGGAAGACUGGAACAGAAGCUUAGUAGCAAGAGUUGAAAGCAGAUUCAAGUCAGCAGAGGGAGCUGUUAAACAAACUCACAGAGCUGGAGAAACACACUCAAACUCCUGUCAUCACAGAGGAGUAGUCGGGCCUCCAGAGCUGAAUGGUGAUGAUAAGCAGAUACAGCUGAGAUCAGACACAGAUCAGGAGCUACAGCAUCUGCUUCAGCAGCUGCAGAGUGAACGCAGCCAACUGCAGAAACAGGUGCAGCAACUGUAUCUUAUAGAACAAAAGAAAAUAACAGAUGACAAAGUUGCUUGUGGCUCUGGUCUGCACUGUUCUGUGGCUGGUUUAGUGGAAGACAGCAAUCAGAAAGCUGAGAGAAUGAAGAGCACACUGAGGUCUCGGAGAUCAACCAGCCCUGUCAAGCAGUCUCCUGUCAAGGUAACAGGAGGCACAUAUGACUCAGAGCUGAUGAGGGUACUAAGAGAAAGGGACGAGCUCCAGUGCAUGCUGGAUAAGUCUGAGCGCCACAUGUCUGAGAUUCAAGCCAAUGUACGAGUGCUCACUGCUGAACGGGACAAAACCAAAACGCUUUACCAACAGGCUCAAGAAGAGAUUGCGGAACUUCGGCGGCAGGUGAUGAGGUCCAAGGUGUCACGGGGGCCGAAAUACAGCGUGACGGCUCACAGCAUCCUCAAACGCGUGGAAGCAGAGAGAGAUGAGGCGACGUCCGACCUGCACCGUAUGAGCACGGAGAGAGACAGCCUUCGAGAGAGACUUAAGGUCUCUCAGGAGACAGCCAUUAGUGAGAGAGCUCACCUGGAGCAGAGGGUGGAGGACCUGCAGAAUGCUAUACUGACGCUGGAGCAGGAACGAGGGGAACAGAAGAGCAGGCAGGCCCAGAUGAGAGAGACCACGAUGAGCCUGGAGGAAGAGAUCAGCACAUUGGGCAGAAAGUUUGCCGCCAGUGAAGAUGAACUUAACCAUCUGAGGAAUGAAUGUAGCAUGCUCAGGCUGUCUAACACUCGUGCAGAGAGUACUCUGAGCGAUACUCAGCGACGACUGACCAUCAGGAUUGAAGAGAUGCAGAAAGUGCAGGAAAAGAAUAAACAGCUGGAUGAGAUGAAUGAGUCAUUACAGAAGGAAAUGAGAGGUCUUAAAGAGGAGCUGAUGGUGUUGCAGGACACAGUGUCAGAUCGGAACCAGCGGAAGAAUACCCUAGAGGAGCAUCUAGAAAGAAAGAAUGAAGAGCUGGAUGACAAGGAAAACAACAUCUACUCACUGAAGCUGCAGAUUGAAGAACUGGAGACGACUGUAGAACAUCUGAGAGAAAUGGCUAACAAUAGAGAGCGAGAGCUGGAUGAAGUAAAAAGGAAACUGUUGGACUCCGGGGACGAGCUUAAUGUCGUGAUGAAGAUUAAAGAUGCUACACUGAGAGAGAACACGCAACUCAGGGAUGAACUGGAUCAAGUUCGCAUGGAAAACCAGACUUUGCAGCACAACUUAGAUGAAACCACUCAGGAGAUUGAGAUUCUGAAGAGGAAAGUUCAGAACUAUGUGUCUGAUGUCUCCCGUAUCGAAGACCUUCUGGCCUACAAGGAGCGGGAGUGCAAGGAGCUACAGGAGUGUCGGUUAGAACUGCGAACCUCAGAUUCAGAAAAUCGCAGACUCAAGGAGAGAUUGGAGAGCCUGGAAACCAGCUUGCAGGCAUCUCUGAGUGCAGAGCGAAGCUGCAAUGCUAAACUUUCCCAGCUGAACCUUGAGCUACAGCAGCAGGAGGAAGAGCUGAGGAAGGUUCAGAGUGAGCACUCACAGACACAACACAACCUGGAGAAAACACGAGAGCUUUGUGUUAAACUGGACGCUGGCAAAAAGGCGGUGCAGCAAGAGCUGGAGUCAAGUCGCUCUGAGUUGGAGCUCUUGAGGAAGCAGUUAGGAAGAGACAGAGAGAAAGAACUGAAUAGACAGCUCAGUUCUCAGGAGAGACUUGCUGAGAUACAACUGCUCAGAGAAAAGCUCACUGUGGCCGACAGCAAGGCGAGCACUCAGAGCCGGGAGAUGGCUCAGUUAAGGAUUCGCUCGGCACAGUUAGAGGCUGAUCUAGAGACCACCAGGAGGCAGCUUUCCUGUGAGCGUUUCGAGAGGAAACGUGCAGUACAGGAGUUGCACAGCUUGGAGUUAUCCUCAUCCAUGCGCUCUCCCAUUCUUACCUCCACACUACGUACUUCUCCUUUAUCUAUCCGCCGCUCCCUCAGCCCUUACGCAUCCUAUUCACCUGAAUGCUCACAUUACGUCAGUCCUGAACACCUGCCCAAGAGACGCUCGCCUGACAGAAGUGUAACCUUCAGUGGUUUGUUUGACUAAAGCAGAGCGUGAUGGAACUGAAUUCUCUACAUCAGACAUUGUAGCAGUUUGGAUGCUUUUCAAAUGUACUGUGACACCACUGAACAUCUGUCAUAUUAAAUCAAUCAAAUGUCCUUAUAUGUAUUUGUACUACUGUAACUCUGGUACUGUCUAGUCAAAAGAACACUGAAAUCUGUGGUUAAUAUUUAAAGGAUGAAAUUGCUUUUGAUUGGAUGGUGCUACAUUUUUAGGCUGUACAUUUAAAACAUCCACUGUUUCUUACUGUCUGUCAUGUUAUUAUUCUUAAAGCCAUAAUUAUUCUUAAAGCCAUAUUAAAGCUUUACCUAUAAAAUGAA